ACAGUCGUGCUUUUCCAAGAGAUGCAGGUGUGUAGGCGUGAUGACACAAGUCAUGAAAUAUUUGGCUGGAGAAUCACGCAGAAUGAACAUCAUUUCUGACCUCCUCCGUUAUGGGAAGGCUCUCCAGAUGCACAUGUUUGUUGAAAAAGUGCUGAGGAGACUUUUUCCUAAAGUUCCGCAUGGCCAAGAAAAGGGGGCACCAAUGACUCUGGCCUCGGAAAUACCCCCUGAGAAAGUGGCGCCUGAGACGGUGACAGGCUGGAGCGCCCCUCCUUUGACAGAUGGCGACGCCAAGACCCAGCCUGGAAGACGGCUCUACACCGUGAGUUUGCCUCCGGAGGGCUAUGUUCCCGCUCCGCCAGAGCCGCACAGCUGCACAGAGUCCGAGAACUCCACCAGCAGUGACGGCACGGGAGAUCAGGAUCCUCAGGAUCAACAAAAGAGAAGAAGAAUUAGAAAAUAUAAAUCCAAGAAAAAAUUUAAAAACCCCAGUAACGUUCAUGUAGAACAAGUGGAAUUAGAGAAACAGCAGAGUCUUUUACAAGAAAAAUUGCAGCCACGGCUUGCAGAUGGCCCCACAAUAAGCAAAAAUAAAAAAAGGAAACUGAAAAAGAAGCGGCAGAUUAGAAGGAAGAAGGCAGCUGGCUCCCCAACACAAGCCCCUGGCCUCAGCUUCAUGUACCAGCCGGAGGAGAGCGGCAGUGAGCGGGAGCACAGGAGGGAGUCCGAUGCAGAGGAAGUCCCAGCCGCCAGCGAGGAAGGUGCUACAGAUGACAACGAGGAAGAUGUCAGAGAUGCCAGAGAGGAAGGCGUUAACAGUACCAAUGAAAAGGCAGAUAGUAUCCUAAACUUUUUGAAGUCAACACAAGAAAUUUAUGUUUAUGAUGGUCUCUCCGAGGAUGCGGACCCGGCUGUCUUUAUGGAAACCACUGAGGAGCUACUUAAACGUCUUGAAACUCACAGCGUGUCUCCCUCGGAUGUGUUCCUUCUGGAUCACAUGAAAACGCUGUUACUUUCGCGAGAUACUGAAAGAUUGAAGAGCGCUGUGGACCUGUUCCCAGAACAUUGCGUGAUGCCGCCCGGUCGUCUGCCGGCCUGGAGACCCUCCGAGUGAACCUCGAGGACCACAGUGGAAGCCUGCUUACAGAAUAAACGCCCCUUCAGCUCUUGUUACGGACAAGAUGGUUUUCAUGGCUUUGUUGGCUAAAUAAUGCCUUGGCAAACUGAUGAAAGAAAAAUGAGAACUUCCGGCACGUGCUCAUUAGUAAAGUUGACUGUGUUUUAAUUAUUCUUCUGAACCUCCUUCCAUGCGAGCAGAAGAGCACAUGCUGUCUGUGCUCCCGGGACUUGAGCCCAUGAGGUGGCCCGUCGGGUGGGAGCGCAGAGACGAGAGGAGCCAUGAGGGGAGCCCAGCAGUUAGGAGCAGGCAGAGGAAGGACGAGCCCACAGAGAACCGGGCGCUGCCCCUCGCUGCCACAUCACGUACACAGACGGCAGCUGAGCCGGGUGCUGCAUCCUCGCCAUCCUGGCGGCUACAGGUCCGGGGUGAGGUCCCAGCAGGGCUGAUGUCUGCUGGGGGUGCUCCUCCUGGCUUCCUGCAUCCUCACGCACUCACCCUGGGGGCUCUGUCGUCUCUCCCCUCCAGGGACUCCAGCUCUGUGACCUCAUUUGACGUAACCUCCUCCCUGGAGACCCAUCCUCAGUCCAGUCCCGGUGGGGUCAGGGCUCCAGCUUCUGAGAGCUGGGUGCACAGUUCCGUCCAUACAGGAGGAGCGACAAUCAGAAGAGGAAGAGAGCAGGAGACCGCCGUGCCCAGGGACGAGGAUGGAAGGAGUCUGGGGCCAAGGGGGUGAGUGUAGAAGGGGCUCUGGUGCCUCUUCUCACACUCAGCCGCCACCCUGGAGUCUCUGCCCUUCCUGGGGCUCACGCUUGACGCCCAGGAAGCCCACUCCCACCAUCCUCUGGACAGAACCGUUGCACAGCUACUUACCUGCUGAGAGGUCGGGAUGAGGUCAGCCUCGGUUUCCCCUGUUGGCAACUGCAUUUCUGGUCUUUGAAGUAAGCGAGCCCUGCCCUCUUACAGAAUGAGGGUCGCUCCCUCGCCCAGUUACCUGGGGCAUGAAUGAGGAGGGAGAGUAGCUGGCACGCGUCCUGGGCGAGGCCGGGACCUCCCAGAACCAUGUCCCAGAGGACCCUGUGACAAGCAGUGGAUGAGGAGUCAGUCUGCCUGCGAUGUGUUCCAUCGCAGCCAGUGCCCGUGGCUGCCUGGAGCCCAGCAGUAUGGAGACUGGGGCAGGCAUUCUGAGCCAAAGCCGCAGGGGUCCGGGGGGAGCAGCGGGAGCUGGGCGAGGACUGAGUGGGGACCGUGAGGAAGCAGUUGCCCAAGAUGUGGGGAGGGCCCUUCCUGCUCAUCCAGGAGGUGGUGCAGGAGGAGCACUGUUGAUGUCCGAGCUGAGGGCAGAUGCUGGGGGUCCUAGGCACAGAGUUCUCAGGCAGAGAAUCCUAAAAGAAGAGAGAGGAGAAUGCACAGAGGGCCAUGUCAUGAACGGAAACAGGCAGACGCACCUGGGGAAUCAGGACAGGGGGCGGGGGCACCGGGGGUGGGGAGCGGUCCACAACCUCUGCCACCCACCCCCAGCUACGGGGCUCCCUCAGGAUCAGUGCCGGCAGAAGACUUUGAAAAGGCCAUUCACUCAAGGACGAUGGUGCUCUUGGGAACAAAGAGCAGACUGGCCGGCAGAGCUCCCUCUGGCUGCUCGAAGCCGCGGCGGCUGUGAUGUCACAGGAGCAGCAGAGAGAGGCACAGGGAUGCGCAUGGACGGCGCCCCAAGGCAGCGGAACCUGCAGCGGGAUGCUCUGGCUUGUGCGACACACGGUUGCACUGUGCACACGCAGCUCCCACAGUGGAGCUUCUGUGAGUGGCCCCGAACCUGUGCCUUCCCACCUCGCUGUGGUCGUCACUGCACCAGACAGCGGAGAUCCUCCCGUAGCUUGUGUGUGAACCUUGCAGACAUGCACCUUCGGUACGCACUUGCAGACUCUACCCAGCAAGACGGGCUGCAUCCAUUGGGCUCUGGCUGUGUGCUCAGCCCGCUGGAGACGUGGGCUCCCAGAAUGUGGCGGGGGCGUGGCUGAGCCUGGCCUUGGCUUCCGUUCUCACGUCUUCCUUCCCUGGAGGGUUGUCAGAUGGACCAAUUAAUCCAAGUGCAGAAACCCUCUUCAUAGGACUUAACGUGUUUACAGUUUUAUUUCCUUGUGACAUUUUCAUCAAUGGAGAGAGAAAAACAGUGAAAGAAGGAGACUCGUGUGAGGUAUGAAAAUAACACAGAAACACCUGACUCUUGACCAAAAUGUGUUCACUUGAAAGCAAGUCUUUGUACAACGUCCGCACAUCGGGGUCGAUGGAGACCUCUGGGCGGAGGGCCAGAGCGGGUGAGGGGCGCAGGUGCUCUGUGAAUGGCUUGUUGUUGUUCUCAAACCCUUAAUCCUGCUUUUAACCCAAGUGGGCAGUUUUGCAGUGGAGGGUCACACAGGUGUCUUCAAUGCAGAUGAAAAUGAAAACAGUCGUGAGUCUUUGACUGUCUGACCCGGGGAGGAAACAUGCACAGAAGGAAAGUUUGCUCUGACUGUCCUUGCAGAUCAGAUGGGGAAGGGCUUCAGAAGUUUGAAAACUGACAGCUUUGCCAACAAGGAAACGGGUGCUCCUGUGGCCAGACGGGGACUCGGCACACCACCCGGAAGCAUCGUAAAUACUGAUAGGCACAUACACACAGACCAAGCUACAUGCUCCUCGAUGAUGUCUCAGAGCAUAAGGGGAUCCUGGGACCAGAAGCAUAAGGACUGAUGCUCAGACCCUUCUGCACUAAACUAACCAGACUCCUUGGAGAAACGGCUGAUUCCAGGCGUGGAGCAGGGAAAGCGCGAGGGUGAAGCACGGAGAUGGCGUGGGGUCCACACGUUGUUUAGCUAAAUCUUUACUCUGAGCAGAGCCCCGGAGAGCAGACGCCCGUCCUCCAACCCCACUGGAUCUGGUGGACAGGAGUGAAGCGUGUUUAGCCUAAACCCCAGGUCUAAGUUCACCAGGUCGGUAACACACUUCCUGUCUACGGGGACACUCAGGCCAGAGUCUCCGUGGUGGCGUGCGGCCACGCGAGAAUCUGGCUUCCAGGAAGAGCAUUUGAUUGAAGGUGGCGUUGUCCCUCUGAGCUUUAAGUGCUGGCACCGUCCUGAACAUGCCGGUGGGCUGACCCACCAAACACUCACAGAGACGAUGGCAGAAGGACGUUACGCAGAACCGUGGCGGGCAGCGCUGUCUGGGAGGGUCGCGGUUUCCCGCAUGAAAGGACUCUCGGCCGCGAUCGUCAGGCUCCCUCCCUCGUUCCCAUUUUCAUCUCUGAUGUGAAGUUUUCUCCCAGCAUCAAAGACAAAAUAACUUUUUCAUUUGCUUGAGGAGCCGCCUUUCCAGCGCUUUCAGAACCUGGAGCUUCCUGCGCCCUCGCGGCUGUUCCGAGGCUGCAGCUGCAGUUCGGGUGGGCCGGGCCAUCCCCCUGUGACGCUCAGCCGCACCAGGACAGGACGCGCCUGCCCCACAGUAUUCCCACCUCUGUGCUGCCCGCUUUCCUGGGUCCCCACAUGCCCACGUGUCUGCACCCCGACCUCGACGGGCGCCCCGCUUGUGCAGCUGUGUCUUGUCUGCGUCAGUAGCAUUGUGCGACAGUGCUCGCUCGGCUCCUCUCGUUUUUCCCAGGAGCCGGGCUUUGAGAUGUGCACGUCCUGCUUGUGUUCAUCUAGUUGUGGGCCCGACUCCGUCUGACCCCUUAUCUGAUGCCUGCCAUCUCUGCGCUGACCACAUCCUGCUGUCCGCCCCCGUGGCAGGAGACACCGUGCGCGCACCUGUCCCCUCCUUCUCUCAGGAACGGAUCUGAGCUGUGACUUGCUGCUGGGGGUGGCCGCGUAACUGCAUCUCACCUACGAGAUUCUUAGGGGACGCGGAGGGUGUGCCUUCCAGGCCAGGGGUGUGUUCCCACCGUCCGUCCCUCCUCCCAGCGGCUGCACCGCCCUGACUGGCCUAGAAACCGGCUACAGCCUGCAGACAAGGCAGGUGAGACGGCCACGGGAGAGCAGGAAAGGACGAGGCCUCUGCUGACCCCGCUGCCCCGGCCCCUCCCCUGGGUCCAGGCCGCCUCCAGGCCAACCUGAGGAAGACGGAGGCCCACGUCCCCUCACAAGUUCUCCCCCAGUGGCCGCAGCACCGCGGACGCCUCGUAAGCACCACUGCGAGAGUGAAUUUCCACCUAAGAGCAGGCUGCGUCCCCUCCCGGCUGGCCAGACGCUGUCCAGAGCGCCAGCCGCAGCGGCCAGCUCAGUCACCACCUGACGCACUGGCCCCACUUACACACCCACCUUGCUGUUUUUCCUUUUGCCGUUCCGAUAGCGUAAAGUGCUUCCAGUUUACCUGGCGUUUCUUGCUCACUAGUGAGUCUCCGGAAGUGUCCGCAGGUCUGCUUCCCUGAGGCCCCCUCCAGGACUGGCUGCGCGUCGGCUCCUCAUUUUCUGUAGGAUUCCCUUCUUCUCUUGUUGACUUGAAGUCCUUGAAUGCUCUGCGUGCAGCUCCACGUCAGCCUCAGACGUGGUGAGAAGCCUCCUCCGGGAUCCCGGCUGUCUGCUCACUGUGUCUUCAGGGACCGUCCACCGGUCCUUCACCUGGUGAUGUGUGCUCCUGGAGUUUGGUGAGAAUCCCUCUCCUGUUCCUGGGUCUCAAACAGCUGCACUUUCUUCCGUGAGCUUUGUAAUUUUACCUCUCACGUUUGAGGGUUUAAUCCAGGUGAUGUCCACACUGGAUACAACAAAAUUAAGGAUCCGACUCCAUUUUUUUCUCCAUUUAAUGAGCAAGUUUCUCAACCUCAACCUUUGAAAGAAUCUGUCCUUUCUCUCUCGGUUGUGGUCAGUCGUGUUCACUACAUAUCCAGUCCCCCUGUGACUCCAGGUCUGUCUCCACAUCCUCCUUCGUUCUGUGACUCCAUCUGUGGCCCUACAGCAAACCAUAUGGCUCUGUCAGUGCGGUUCUGUCAUAUGUCUCACCACAGGCAGGGAGUCCCCAUUUGCUGUACAUUUUAAAAUCGACUUUGCUGUUCAUGUAUUUUUGUUUUUCAUAUAGAUUUCAAAUUAUAUUUUUCAGCUUACCUAAAAUUCCAGCUGGAAUUUUUGUUUGCAUUGCAAAGAAUGCAUUUGAGGGGCCGGCCCCAUGGCCGAGUGGUUAAGUUCGUGCGCUCCGCUUCCGUGGCCCAGGGUUUCACUGGUUCAGAUCCUGGGU